CCCUAAAUCACUUGAUCUAUUGGAGACGCAAAGAACGUGCCCUGCUACAAAAUUAGUCGUUAAUUUUAUUCCAACCCUGCAAAAUCGUUAGUGUUUUGCAAAAAUGUUGAAAAAAUUCGUGGAAGUUAAUGCGGACUGCAGCCCCUCCGCCAAUCCGUACGAGGUGCGCACCUACCUGGGCAAUGAAAACCCUCCGGAGUGGAAGGCAGAGUUCUGCCCGCCUCGCGAUCGUGUCUGCCAGAAGAGGGCGCCCAAUUCCACGAUCUCCCAGGUGAUGACCAUCGAGGAUGAGCUGCGCAGGAUUCACCAGAAGUCAGCAGAGUCCCGGUUCAUCCGUCCCUAUAAAAAGAAGUGCGCCCUGUACGACGAAUACACCAUGUGCAUCAUUCCGCAACGCACUCCGGCCGAGCUGAAGGAAAACGCUGAGAUGCGCGAGCGCCUGCUCCUGGCUCGCAAGGAGUUCGGCCUGGUCGAGCACGAUGCCCGUCAGAAGAGGGUGUGUGCUAGGGAUCUGGUGGUGCUCAACAGCCCCAUGGACAUGGGCGAGGAGGAGGAGGACGAGGAGGGCGAUGAGGAGGAAGAGACGGAGGUUAAGCCUCAGUUGGCCACUCCGGACUGUAGCUCGGAUAUGAUCAUUAUUCCGGAUAAGCGUAUGCUUGAGCUUAAACGUCCCAAAAGUCGCAUCUACUUGAACGAGACGGAAGUGGGUCCCCUAGAAGAGCUACCUUUUCCCUCGUACAAUCCGCGGGUCCUGCAAGAGGCCUUGGAUGGCGAAAACAUCAAGACCUUUGACCUGAUCGAGGGCUGCAGUCCCCAGGACCUGUGGACCUGGAACGUCGGGUAUCAGAAGCGCGAAGAGGAGUUGGAUGAGCAGUUCAUCUCCGCCUCUUUGCCAAGAUAUGAAGGCGACGGCCAACUCACCCUCUAUAACAUACCCACCCAGCUGGAGAAGACCUUCACGGCUGAGAUUGUGUUUGGAAAUCGUAAUAUUUAUCCGGAACCCAAGGCGGAAUCCUACCGACUACAGUACUAUAAUCGGCCCAGCGAGAUCGGGGCCAUAAUUGUGGCCUUUGUGGAGAGUUUUCGACUCAACCCGGAUUUCUGGACGGGCGCCACCAUGGACGGAAUCCUCAAGCGUGGAGUCAAGCUAACCAAAAAGAGUGCCAGCCUGAACUACAAGUCGGAGGAGAACGACUUCGAUAUCAUUACCCAGGUGGCGGAACGGGAAGCUUCCGUGGAAAUAAAAAUCCACUUCUCCGGACUUCUGAAAAACGAACCAAACAUGUUCAAGGCCCUGUCGCUGUUCUUCUCCAAAUACAAUGCCUGCAUAUUCACAUCGAGGGACCUGUUUCUACUGAUUUGGAAGCGCUGCCUCAACUCCUACUACAUCUUCGACCCCAACGGCAGAGACGAUCACUGCGAGCGGGACUUCGAGGAUGGAAAGUGCUCCCUGAUGGCCACCCGAUACACCGAACAUCUGGUCCACCUUAUCACCAAGUUCAGUGACCUGAAGCCCAACGACGAGUUUAACAUUUUUGAGAUAUCGCUUUCCCAGUACGGGAAACUGAAGGAGCCCAAGAUCAAGGCUGCGGAGAACGAGGAGUACCACAAACUCUGGGCGGUGGUGAACGAGAACUUUGCGGUUAAAACGGCGGCGUCGGGCGGCAUCCACCAGCCGAUAUCCGGAAACGAGAAGAACGCCUCCCUGGUGGUGUCCCUAAUAGCUCUCAUCUAUGCCGAAUUCGAGUUGGCCAAACUCUGGAAGCCGGAUACGGUGGACGACAUCAUCAGGUACGGAGUGGCCUACUAUAAGACCCUGCGGAAAAAGUUCAGGCUGGACGGCAAGCGGUGGAAAAACAAGAAGCCCCACCUGAAUGUGGUGGAUCUGCCGGAAAUGUUCCUGAUGGGCGCCUUCAAGGCCACGGUUCGGAAGCACCCGUUCAUGAUCAACGGUCAUGUGGCGGACUGCAAGAACUAUCUGGAGUCCCAGCUGACCAUGGCGCUGCACCAGCUCUUCAACAUGCCCCAGUGGCCCGCCGCCCUCCUCCAGAUCGACAACUCGGUGUUGGCUCUGUGGCGGGACAGGGAGUUCUUCUACGUCUUCGAUCCCUUCAGGAGGAACCGCAUCGGUCUGGUGGUCGACCCCGACGACUACACCAUCAAGGGCCUGGCCGUCCUCCAGAUUCACUCCACUUUCGACUCCUUUGUGCGGGUGAUCUACAUGAACGCCCUGAAGAUGCGACGUGGUGGCAAGUUCUUCAUCCACGGGAUCCGGACGGGCUGCAUCCGACCCCUGCAGGUGAUGACUCCGCAGACUAACCGGUUCCCCGCACUCCAAAUGGGCCUGCCCACGUUUACGGACGAACCUCCGCCGCCCGAGCUGAGGCAGAAGAAGAGUAUCGAGAGCAUUCCGGAGGAGGAGCGGUUCCCGACGGUCGAGGAGAAGGAAAUGGUGGACGACCUGAUCAACAUGAUCAUCAACAACAUCAUCAAGGAACUGCCAGAACCACAACCCAAGAGGCCUGGACUUUACAAGCCGGCCCAGCAGGUGCUCCUGCGCUCGGAUCAGGAGAAUCUCCGGGCUCUGCGGCUCAAGAUCAAGCGGGGCUACGAGCUGGGCCAGGAGGAGGAGGACGAGAAGGUGGUCCUCACCGUGGAGGAGGAGGUGGCGCUCAAGAGCAACUUCAAGGCCCUGCCAGACGGAUCCUGGAUCAUCGUCGGAACCACCCAGCUCCCUCAGCUGGAUGAGGAGAUGGCCAAGCUGGGCGGCCUUCUUGCCGGCCUGGUAGCCCUGGCGGUGUCCUCCAAGUACAAGCUCUCCACCUGGAAUUCGGAGCUGAUAGAGUUUGCCUUGGAGUCGGCCAACAGCUUCGGCGAUGACUACCAGAACUACGAGUACAUCCUGGCCUGCUUGUUGGCCAAGAAGCUGCCGGACAUCGCCAUCGGGGAGAGCAACUUCAGCCUGGAGGUCAAGAAGGUGGUAAAGUCCUCGAUCAUGGUGCCACUGCGCCAGGUCCUGGUGGAUCUCCUGAGCGACGGCAACAGACUGCUCCUGGUGUGCCAGCGCUUCUCCUGUGUCAUCUUCAAGCGAUACAACUUCGUCUACAUGUUCAUUGGAUUCCCAUGCAACGCCAUCGGCUACAGGAAGGGCGGGUCAGGACCUGCUUGUCUGCUCCGGUUCGUGGAACUGGAUGCCCUGAUCAAGCGCAUAGAGUUCGGGUGCAAUCCGCAAGGCUGCUCCGUGAUGAACUUCAUCGUGGCCAGCAUCCAGAUGGUCGACAACAACAUACAUGGCAGGUUCCGGCCGUAUGGCAAGGCGGAGGACGACAAGGACGUCAAGCUGGAGACCGCCAGGCAGAAGAAGAUCAAGGAAGCGCGGCUGGAGAAGAUGCGCUACAUCGACGAGGAGCUCAAGAAGGAGAACGAGCGCAUCCAGAUGUUCCUCAAAGCCAAGCAGGAUCACUUGGACCGCAAGGCGGGCAAGAAGCCCAAACCUGAAUACCGCGACACUGGCAUCGAUGAAGGCGAGGGCGAGGAGGGCCUGGACGAAGAGCCCGACAUGGAAGGCGAGGAGGAGGAGGCCGAGGGCGAGGAGGAGGUGGAGCUAAAGCACCGUCCCGGCAAGAAGCUGCCCAAGGAGCUGCGCAAGCCCUACAAGCCGCGUCCGAUCCUCUUCGGCUACCGGAUGCGCGAGAAGGACUGCAACUUCAAGAUCCAGGGCAGCCAGGCGCUCGAGGGACGUGAGGAGGGAAGCUUCAAGGAGAUCAAGCCCUGCUACUUCGCAUCCGCCCUGGCCAUCGUCAGCUGCUCCCUGCGGCCUCUGAACCAAUGGAACUCCUACCGCAUCGAUCGGGUUAUCACCAAUGCCAAGGCGAUCGCCUCCAGGGUCUGUGAACUGGAGUCCGUGUUCGAGCGGGUGGUCCGUCACGUGACCAUUGACGACUACGAGUUCGAUAUCUGGAUCCGAUGCUUCGAGCCCGCUGGCAUGUGGGUUCCCACCCCUAUGAAGAAAGCAGGUUCCCCGGAGGCGGGCCUGACCAUCUUCAAGAAGAAGUUCGGCAAGCUGCUGAACGUCCGCAAGUACAUGAUCCUCUUCACUCCGAACGGCAGCUAUGCCAUCUACCACGACGAGUUCUUCCACGUCUUUGACCCUUACGGCAGCAUGGAGAAGCCAGGCGGUGACGAGGAGGAGGAGGACGACGACGGAGGCGAUGAGGAGGGCGGCAAGAAAAAGAAGCGUUGUCCCAAGGGCCCCAAGCGGUGGCCCGAAAGGAACACCGCCUCCUGGGUGCUCCUGUACGAUGUGGACAUGCUUCUGAAGUACAUCGACGAGCGGGUGGGCGCAAAGGAUUGGAAGGAGAAGAACCAGUACAAGUUCUUCGUGGUUGAUGUGCUGUCGCACAAGAAGGCGGCUCCGAACGCCAGGAUCCUGCAGCUCCUCACCGAUCUCUCCAUACCCAUGACCUGCUCCAAUAAGCAGUACGGCCGACCCGAGUACGAGAUCUGCGCCACCAACGAGUCCCUGGGCUGGCUGGAGCUGGAGAACUGCCUACCCGUGUGGAGCAGGCUGAACCGCCGCAACACGGCGGGCAGGUACCGCAACCUGCCGGUCAGCAAGAUCAAGAAGUUCGACGUGGAGAUCGAGGGUCGGCUGUGGUCGCUCUGGGGCAACCUGCACCCGGAGGCGCCUGUCUUCGAGGACGAUGUCCGUGGCCGCCAGUAUCUGGCCUGCUACGUGAUGGCCUGUUGCGCAGCCAGUGUCUACCGGCUGAUGGACUGGAGCCCCCACCUCCUCGACACGAUCGUGGUCAGCGGCAACACCUACUUCAAGGAGAGCAUCGACCAGAUCACCAAGGAGGACUACGAGUUCUCCCUGGAGAACCUCAACAUCGACUGCUCCAUGGACACCAUCAACUUUGUGGUCCACAUCGAGCACGUGGCCUACGGAAAGCUCUACCGAGUGCCCACCUUCAACAAGAUGAAUCUCUCCGAGGCGCUGAUCUACUUCUUCAGCCACUACCAGUUCGGAAUCGUCAGUGUUCGGAAGCGAUCCCUUGCCAUUGGAUUCUGUCCGGGCCACGACGGCGGGUACUUCAUGUACGACUGUCAGGAGAAGGACCACCCGCUGUUCCCCAAGCAGCAGGGCGCCUCCUACAUGCUGCGCACCCGCCACCUCCAGGUGCUGCUCUACUGCGUGGUGGUCACCCUGAACGUGCCCUUCUAUAACAUCGACUUCAGCAUCCACAAAGUGGAGAUGCUGCGCGAGGGCGCCACCGUGGAGAACGAGGAGGAGGAGGGCGGGGCCGAGGAGGCCCAGUUUUAGGGUGGACUUGUAGUGGCGGAUCGUCGAGUGGCUCAGUAAUAGUUUAUUUUUUGGAAUUUAUAAAUGGAAAUAGGAAUAAUAAAAUCUCCAAUUGAGAAUAUUGGGAU